AUGAAGAGAUGUCAUGAAAACACUGCAUCUCGGCUGAGCGAUGCUGAGAAGCAAAUUCUGAUUGAACUAGUCGAGGAGCAUAGCUGCCUUUGGAAUGAGGAAGAUGUCCUUUACAAGAGCUUUCAUGCGAGAGCACGAGCUUGGAGAGAGGUCGCUAAAGAAUUGGAAAUAAAAUUCCACAAGGGCUUUGAUGCCGACGUACUCCAAAAAUCGUUUAAGAAUUUGCGUGAUGUUUACGUACGCAAGAGGCGAGAGUAUCAGGAUGCGGUGAAACGAAAUAGUGGAGCGGAGGCUGGUGUUUUGGAGCGCAUUCGAGCAUGGCCAUUCUACAAUAGUUUGGUUUUCUUGGACCCUGUUAAUGAUCAUGGGUAG